CAGACAGCUCACAGUGCAGGGGAGGGGUCCAGAGGAAGCCUCUCCCAGGCUCUGCUCUGAGGGCUUCUGUGCACAUUGAAGAUGCCAGCUGUCCAGCUGCUGCUGCUGGCCUGUCUGGUAUGGGGUGGGGGGGCCAGGACAGCCCAGUUCCGGAAGGCCGACGACCAGAGUGGCCGAUGCCAGUACACCUUCAGUGUGGCCAGCCCCAGUGAGGCCAGCUGCCCCGAGCAGGGCCAGGCCAUGUCAGCCAUCCAGGACCUGCAGAGAGACAGCAGAGAACAGCGCGCAGCCCUGGAAUCCACCAAAGCCCGGCUCAGCUCCCUGGAGGCCCUCCUCCACCGCCUGACCUUGGGCCAGGCUGUCGGGCCCUUGGAGACCCAGGAGGGGCUGCAGAGGGAGCUGGACACCCUGAGGAGAGAGCGAGAACAGCUGGAGACCCAAGCUAGGGAGCUGCAGUCAGCCUACGGGAACCUCGUCCGUGACAAGUCAGCUCUGGAGGAGGAGAAGAGGCGACUGCAGGCGGAGAGCGAGGCUCUGGCCAGGAGGCUGGAAAGCAGCAGCCAGGAGGUAGAAAGCCUGAGGAGGGGCCAGUGUCCCCAGGCCCGCAGCACCUCUCAGGACCUGCCUCCGGGCUCCAGGGAAGUUUCUAAAUGGAAUUUGGAGAACGUGGGCUUUCAGGAAUUGAAGUCAGAGCUAACUGAGGUUCCUGCUUCCCAAAUCUUGAAGGAGAGUCCAUCUGGUCAUCCCAGGAGUGAAGAGGGAGGCACUGGAUGUGGAGAACUCGUUUGGGUAGGAGAACCUGUCACUCUGAAAACAGCUGAAACAAUCACCGGCAAGUACGGCGUGUGGAUGAGAGACCCCAAGGCCACCUACCCCUACACGCAGGAGACCACAUGGAGAAUUGACACAGUGGGCACAGACAUCCGCCAGGUCUUUGAGUACGACCUCAUUAGCCAGUUCGUGCAGGGCUACCCUUCCAAGGUGCAUGUGUUGCCUAGGCCGCUGGAAAGCACAGGCGCUGUGAUGUACCAGGGCAGCCUCUACUUCCAAGGGGCCGAGUCCAGAACAGUGAUCAGAUACGAGCUGCACACCGAGACGCUGAAGGCAGAAAAGGAAAUCCCUGGAGCUGGGUACCACGGGCAGUUCCCCUAUUCCUGGGGUGGCUACACAGACAUUGACCUGGCAGUGGAUGAGACAGGCCUCUGGGUCAUCUACAGCACCGAGGCGGCCAAAGGCGCCAUUGUCCUCUCCAAGAUGAACCCAGAGAAUCUGGACCUUGAACAAACCUGGGAGACCAACAUCCGUAAGCAGUCUGUUGCCAACGCCUUCAUCAUCUGCGGCACCUUGUACACCAUCAGCAGCUAUUCCUCGCCUGAUGCUACUGUCAACUUUGCCUACGACACAGGCACGGGUAGCAGCAAGGCCCUGACCAUCCCGUUCACGAACCGCUACAAGUACAGCAGCACGGUCGACUACAACCCCCUGGAGAAGAAGCUCUUUGCCUGGGACAACUUCAACAUGGUCACCUAUGACAUCAGGCUCUCCCAGAUGUGAAAAGUCGCCGGGCACUAUCAGAAAAGGCAGAAGGAGGUGAUGUUCGGGGCUCCCAAGGGGAGAGCCAGCCAGCCAACGCCCUCGCAGCUUCCCUCUGCUUUCCAAGCUUGCCUUAACCCAGAAGAAUGCACAUGGUCACCACGUCCUACCGGACGAGAAUAGCAAUAUGGGGAUUUAGAUGAUUCUACUUAUAAUAUUCUUUUCUUCUGCCAGCUUUCAGAGGGAUGUUUAAGCAAAAUAGUUUAAGUUUUCUGGUGAUUUGAGGCAAGAGCUCUAAUGUGUAGUAGUUUCUUCAUGAAACCCACAAGGCUUUUUACAAACAGGCCCUCACUGGCUAAAGAAGAGAAAUUUGGAGAAGAGUUUGGAGAAACAGGUUUCCCCACAUGGAACCCAGGGCCAUCAUCUGCUCUCUCUUGUUGCCUGGUUACCAUGAGCAACAAUAACAAGCAGGGCUUCUAAAGGAAGAGGGACAGCUCCUGUGGCAGCACUGAACGUGUAUAAGAUGUGUUUACUGUAGUUGCCUUCUAGUUCUUCAGGUGGGAUCCAGAAACUUUGCCCCGUGAAAUAAAAUAAUCUUGCACAA